CGCAAGCUUUGACGCGCUUGCGCAUUGUCCCAAAACAAAUUUGUGCAAAUAACCUCACUUUUUUGCCCCCAAUGUUUUAAUAAUUUUGGCGUAAUUACAACAAAUAUGACUCAGAUUGUUAAAAGCAAAAUCGACCAAGCUUGCCGGGUGGCUGAGGAGUUCACAAAACUUUAUUACGAAACUUCGGACAAAAGGCGACACUUGAUGUCGAAAUUGUAUCUGGAUUCGGGUCUCCUGGCUUGGAACGGCAAUGGGGUGAAUGGUAACGAACGCAUCCAGAAAUUUUUCAUCGAUUUGCCGACUUCCGAUCACAUAAUUAACACUUUGGACGCGCAGCCUGUCUUGGAUUCGGCGGUAAAUGGCCAGCUCACGUUCAUGAUCCAGGUCAGUGGAACGGUAAGGUACCAGGACAGGGUCCCCAAAUCCUUCCAGCAGAAUUUCAUAAUCACAGCGCAGGGCGAUAAGUGGAAAAUCGUAAGCGACUGUUUCCGACUGCAGGAGCCCCUAACUAACGAUAAGAGUUGAAAAAAUAAAAGUUUGUACGUUGAAACUCCA